UAAAUCCGCGGGUUGUGAGCUGUGGACGACUGAGCAGACUGAAGGCUGCGCCGCAUUUGUCGGUCGAUGUCCUGACAGGGUAACAUAAACUGGCUAUACUCGGUUGCAUCCACAGCUUACUGGAAUUCCCCCAAAAUGUCGUGUGAACAGUAAAAGAAUAUAAAGUAUUUAUUUUACAAAGUAAGUGGACUAUUCUCUGAUCCUUUUUGUCAAUAUUAAGACUUGACUCUUUUGUUUUUAUGUACCUGUAAGGAUUAUGCGGUGUGACAGCUAAAACUUCCCCUCAAACAGAGUAACGUUCCUGGUGUUCGCAAUUUUCAUUUUUCAAAAAUUCCAAUUUCGCUUGGUUGAUCUCAUUUUUUACGAACGUUCAAUGUACCCUUUAUUAAAAUACGCCAGAAAAUAAAUACGCUUCAUAUAUAUUUGUUCAUUAUCCUAAGAACUUUUUUUUAAAUUCAAAUGAACUGAGAAAGCGACAGUGACUCCAUGGGACGGCAAACACAUUAUUAUAGACACAGUCGGGGCAGACAUCAGAGCUCUGGUUGUAACUGCGCAUCCGGAUGAUGAAUGUAUGUUCUUCGCGCCAACGAUUAUACGACUCGUUGAGUUAAAAGCCAGCGUACACCUGCUGUGUUUCUCAGAAGGAAACUACUACAAUCAAGGAGCUCAGCGUAAACAAGAACUUCUCAACAGCUGUGCAGUGUUGGGGAUACCAGAUUCAAGAAUCACCAUAGUAGAUCAUAAAAAACUCCCGGACGAUCCUAAAGCAGAAUGGAGCGUCUCCCUGGUCUCUUCUUUAAUUAUGAAGCACAUGAGAGAGCACUCCUUCAACAUGGUGCUGACCUUCGACGGGAGCGGAGUCAGCGGCCAUGCCAAUCACACAGCCAUCCAUAAAGCUGUCAGCUAUCUGGCUUCCACUGGACAAGUACCCAAUGACUGCUGUUUGCUCUCCCUGGUGACCGUUGGCCUCUUCAGGAAGUACAUUUCUUUCCUGGAGCUUCCCUUCAGCUGGCUGCUGCCCUGCAGUCUCCGCUGUUUCAUUGGCUCACAGGGUUACAGGCAAGCCAAAGAUGCCAUGUAUUGCCACCGCACCCAGCUCCUGUGGUUCCGUUACCUUUAUAUUACCAUGUCUCGGUACAUGUUCAUCAACACAUUCAAAAUUAUCCCACAAGGUCCAAAGAACCUGAAGAUCUAUUGAGUUAUGAGAUAAACUAAUGCACUGACUGUUACUUUGUUUUCCUGCUGCCUAUUUACUUGAUAACUGUGGUAAAGAGUGAAUAAGGGUUUACAAAUCUGAUGAAAGAAGACUCCGCGUUUUUUCGUAAGCACUUUCCAUAAAUAAUGCUGACUUUUUGCUACUCAAAAAUCUUCAUUGUCAUUACACUGUAUAAAAGCAACCCUAUUGAUACCGUUUUUUAAUCUUAUGUCAAAGAUAAUAAAUACUGUAUAUUUUUCUGUGAUACUGAUGAUUAAAAUAAGCUUGAUUCUUAAA